UGCGCAGUGUCCUGGAAGCUUCUGCAGCUCCCCCGAGACGCUCUGGUUGCUACAGUGACCUCUCGGUGGAACCGCGUGUGGACUCUCCGCUGUGAGCUCCGCCCAGAGCCCGUCCCUGACGCCAGAGAUUCGUCAGACGCCCUCGGGUCCAGCGUGGUGCUGGUUGCUAUGGUGAUCGCGGCCACCGGCCCCGCCAGACAAGGUCGCGCAGCUCCUGGAGCCUUUGCAACCCCCGCGGGACACUCUGGAAGGAUGAGGUCCUCGCUGACAUCUUUGGGGCCGCCUGUGAGCCGGGACCGCAUCAUCACCAGCUUCCCUAAGUGGUACACCCCUGACGCCUGCCUGCAGCUCAAGGAGCACUUCCAUGGGCAGGUCAGCACCACCUGCCAGCGCAGGAACACAGGGACUGUGGGGCUCCGACUCUCCAAGGUGGUGGUUGUUGGCGAUCUCUACGUGGGCAAGACCAGCCUCAUCCACAGGUUUUGCAAGAAUGUCUUUGACCGUGACUACAAGGCCACCAUCGGGGUGGACUUUGAAAUCGAGCGCUUCGAGAUCGCUGGGAUUCCCUACAGCCUGCAGAUGGCCAAACGUGAAGCCAUGGGCCAGCCACACACGAGCAAGUGGCAGAGCCUAGAAUCCCAGGGCCAUUCACCAGGCCACGUCUGCAGGUGGACUUCCACAUCUUCAGACUGGGACACCGCAGGGCAGGAGAAGUUCAAGUGCAUCGCAUCUGCCUACUACCGGGGUGCCCAGGUGAUCAUCACAGCCUUCGACCUCACUGACGUGCAGACUCUGGAGCACACCAGGCAGUGGUUGGAGGAUGCACUCAGGGAGAACGAGCCGGGCUCCUGCUUCGUGUUCCUCGUUGGAACGAAGAAGGACCUUCUGUCAGGGGCUGCAUGUAAGCAGGCAGAGGUGGAGGCUGUGCGCCUGGCCAACGAGAUGCAGGCUGAGUACUGGUCGGUGUCAGCGAAGACAGGGGAGAACGUGAAGGCGUUCUUCAGCCGUGUAGCUGCCCUGGCAUUCGAGCAGUCAGUUCUGCAAGACUUGGAGAGGAGGAGCAGCACCCGGGCCCAGGUCGGCGACGGAGACCUCAUCCGAAUGGAGGAGAGUCCACCCGAGACCCAGGAGAGCACGCCGUCCUCCAGCCUGGGUUGCUGUUAGCUGGGGCCUGCAUCAGAAGCCUCUACUCCCCGCACACACAUGGGCAGUGCCUCCCAUGACUGUGGAUGGGGUGACAUGAAGCCAUCCGUAGCUGCCCACCCACCAUGCUGAGCCCCAGAGCUCAGCAACUUCUCUUUAGCAGGUUGGGAGCCAGGAAAGGGUGGCACUGGCUGCCCAGGAGCCCCUCUUCACUGCCCCACUGGUGGGCGCACAGUGGUGACCGUCUGGAAGGCCAGUUCCACCCAGAUAGUCACCAGACAUUCCCCCCUGGCCUCGAGAGGCCUCAGGAGUGCAGACACGAGACACUUGUGUCCCACAGCCUGCAUCUCUCAGUCUUGGCACACAUUAGCUGCCCACACAGGCCCUCUGACCACUUUGCCGGGCUGGCCUCAGGAUCCUUCUCUUCUCAGUGGUCUAGGCAAGUCUUUUCUGUUAUUAGCAGGACUUGCAGUUCUCAGUCCCAGAGCCCCAGGCCUCACUGUCCACUGUCCCUCUGCCACAGACUUGUGGGAUCCCGGGUCAGCCUUGCCCCUCCGGAGGAGGAUGGACAAGAGGGUCUCUCAGGCCCCUUCUGGCCCAGGGGUCAGCUUUGGCUCCUCUUUGAUCCUUGUCCUGUUGGUCAGUGGGUGAGGAUGGGCAGAAAAGGCCAUCAUGCCCCUCUGGCCCACCUGGACAAUGAAUUUCCCCAGCUGCCCCUGGGGUACAGUACUGCUGCAUCCCUUGUGCAUGGCGCUGCCCUGCUGUUACUGGCAGUUGUCACGCAGACACUGUUGGGCUGGUAUCUGUGGUUGCCCCCACCGCCCCUCUCUCUGGUCUCCACAGGAAAGGGCCUGGAGAACAAGAAACUCUGCGUGCCUGCCUCUCAGGACCUUUGUGGUGGCCUCCUUGACUCUUUGGAGGACAUCGGAGGCCCUCCGGAGUCUGGCAAGCUCCUCAUCGACACCUCUCCAUCCUGCACAUCCAGGA